CUGCAGGACUUUCACAUGUUGAAGAGAGUCAGUAUGGACAUGAGGACACUUCUGUUUCUGCUGCUCCACAUCUGCUUCUGCUCCGGAUAUGAAGGGUCAGGACAGUACGCCUACGGCGACGACGAGGACUUCUACUCUCACAGAUAUCAAGGCACGCCGUGGUGCGCCCCGAUCAAGGUGAAGCAUGGGGACGUCAGCUGUCGCACCCCACGGGGGGAGCGCUACAAGACCGUCAUGGGCACGCGCUGUAAGAUCCGCUGCAAGGCGGGGUACGAGAUCCAGAGCCCCGAGGUGGUCUGCAUGGCCAGCAAACACUGGUCCUCCAACUACGCUUGUCGAGAAAUCCGCUGCCAGAAGAUGAGCAUGCCGGUCAACGGCGGCUACAAGUGUACGGACGGCUCCUACUUUAGCUCCCGCUGCACCUUCUUCUGUGCCCCCGGCUUCAGCCUGAAAGGCGCCAAGACCGCGACCUGCCAGCACAACAAGGUGUGGAGCGCAGCCGUGCCCACAUGUGUAGACAUCGACCCGCCAAAGAUCAAGUGUCCCAGCGUGAAGGACAAGUGGGCGGAACCCGGGAAGCUGACGGCCAGGGUCACCUGGGACACCCCCGAGGGUGUGGACACCGCCGACGGCAUCCUCACAGACGUCAUCCUGAAAGGGAAGCCGCCGAAAUCAGACCUCCCAGAGGGGCUGCACAAGAUGUCCUACACUGUGUUUGACCGAGCCGGCAACAAAGGAUCCUGCCGCUUCACUGUCAGAGUGCGGGUGCGCCGCUGCAGCCCGCUGUUCCCCCCUGACAACGGCUACAUGAAGUGCGAUAGUGAUGGGGACAACUAUGGAGCAUCAUGUGACUUCAAAUGCACCGGCGGAUUCGAACUGCAGGGGAGCGCAGCCAGAGUGUGUCAGUACGGACUCACCUGGUCCGGAACGGACACCACAUGUACACCCAUGAACAUCAACGUGGGCGUGCGAACAGCCGCUGCCCUGCUGGACCAGUUCUACGAGAAGCGGCGGCUGCUCAUUGUCUCGGCUCCUACAGCUGCCAAUCAUAACUACCGCUUCCAGAUGACCAACCUCCAGCACGCGCAGUGUGGACUGGACUUGAGGCAUGUGACCCUCAUAGAGCUCGUGGGGACCUACCCAGCUCAGGUGGGCCGGAUCCGUCACCAGCUGCUUCCUCCAGCUCUGGCCCUCCAAGUCAGGUUACUGCUCCGGAUUCCACAAAGGUCUUUCCAAAUGGUUCUGAUGGACAAGCAGGGCAUGGACAAGCAGCGCUACCCGUUCCCCAUCACGGCGGCGGAGCUGUUCACCACCAUAGACACGUUCCCGCUGCGCAAGGAGGAGAUGGUGCAGCAGCAGGAGGCGGGGCAGACCUGUCAAUCAUAAACCUAAAAACCAUGGACCGUCUGAUAUUUUACUGCUCUGUAUCAAACACGCUUGUGCAACGGCAUCUUCAUUGUUUUUAUCUGUAACAUUGUUUUUAAUAAUUAUUAUAUUAUUUAAUAUCACUCACUUUUAACACCAGAAAUAUGUUUUGUAUAAAAAGUCU